CCACCACCACCACCACCUCCACCACCUUUCCACGGACGUCCCCUGGUUGAAGUCUGGGAGACGCCUGUUACGGUUUUCGCUAGUUGACCCAAAAAGUCGAAGCUCGAGGGGCAAUCAAAGACAGGUCCAUUUACAAGUCGAGCAAGACACACGGCUUAUUACUGUUAUUACACGGUUCUGCAUUCGAGACUUGUGCGAGAUACGUCUACGGAGUGCAGUUUGACGGUGUUUGAGAAGUCUACUUUCGGGACAUACAUCAAGUAUACGAGGGUUUAGCAGGAACUUGGGGUAUAAUGGCGACUGCGUAUUAUGAGUUUUAUCGUGGUUCUUCGAUCGGAAUGGCCCUCACCGAUUCGUUGGACGAGUUGAUUACGAGUGGGGCUAUUACGCCUCAGUUGGCUAUGAAGGUGUUGCAGCAGUUUGACAAGUCUUUGGCGGAUACUAUGGUCAAACAGGUCAAGACCAAGACCACUUUGAAGGGCCACCUACACACGUACCGACUCUGCGACGACGUGUGGACGUUCAUUGUGAAGAAUGCGUCGUUCAAGAUGGAGUCGAACGAGAUUGUGAAUGCGCCGAGGAUCAAGAUUAUUGCGUGCAAGAAUGGUGAUGCUAUCGAAGCUGGGAAGAAGUAGGACGAUGCUAUCAUGAUGAUGUAUCUCUUCUCGUCGACGACCAGGCGUAUCUCACCUCUGCAAUCACCGCUCCUCGCCUCGUCUUUCCCCCUUUUCGAAUUCCCGGUGUGGGUUAUACAAGCUACUUAUUGGGGAUGAGGCGCAGAGGGUUCACGCUCCAUUUCCUCAUUAUGGUUUAGCACGGCGCAUAUCUUCCUGUCAUUCCAGUCAUGUUUCUCAUUUUCAUUUCCACAUUUCCUUGACAUUUUCCACUUCAUUUUAACCCAUUCCCUCUGUUGUUUCCGUUUGGCCCGUUAUUACGAUCUCGGAGGAGUCGGCGGACGGGGGUCGGGUGGCGUUGUGGGAUUUUGUUAGACGCUAGUCUGUAUGGUUUUUAUCGUUCGAUGAUGUGGAGGUUAUGUUGUACGGUAUUGGUUUUCGUUAUGUGGAGGCACAAUGGAGGCGCUGUAUGGUGUCUGUCGUUCUAUGUUGUUGGAGGCUUUGACGUUGAUCUUGGUGCAGCGGAAGAGAGCCUGUUUGGUGGCGGUCUGCGGAAUUUGGGAGACGAAGAGUGUAAAGGUUUAGGCCUUAGGCUUAGGCGUGGCUGGCGUGUAAUUCAAAAAUGGUUAAUGGCUUUUUUAUUUU